AUGACAUGCGAUGCUUCUCGUCCCUGUCAACGAUGCGUUCAGAAGGGCCUCGCCGACUCGUGCGAAGAUGCACCCCGUAAAAAGAAAAAAUACAUGCUUGAUAUACCGCCCGAGCUUCUACUGCGACUGCGUUCGAAUGAAAGUGAACAGCCUGAAGACAUGUAUAACAUGGGCCUUUCCCAAAGCUACAACGCAGAUAUAAAGGACCAGAAAAAACAAUUGGAAACACUGGAAACAACAGACUUCCCUCAGGCUACUAUGUUUCAACACAGCGACUCGCUCCCGAACUACCUACUACAUAACCCUCAGCCGUUAUUCCAAAGCAAUAGAAACAUCCCGGUUGAAGGAUACAUCCAUCAGCCUGAGUACACACCAAAUACCAAUCUAGCGGUCAAAUCGGAAGACCAAGCUUUGGCACCCCCAAUGACAAUCCAAGAUCAGCUGGUAAAUCAGAUCCAAGCCCGCACAAAGCCACAUAAACAUGCGCAGCCGCAGCAGGAGAAGAAACGAACCAAUUUUCUUUCAUCCGCGGCAGAUUUAGAGUACUCUACCUUGUCCAGCAUUCUUCAGGAAAAUGUACUCGGGUUCAAUGCAAACCACUCGGCAACCUCUACAGAGGGCACACCGAACUCGAUGAUAAUGUCUCCUGCGAUAUCACCACAUGGUUAUAACAUGACUAAACACUCCCCAUCUACUCUUGCAAAUAACAACUACACUGCGGAUACAAACCAGCAUCAUGAAAAUGGUCGCAAUGCCUCAGAUGCAUUCCCGACCGAUGACACGCCCUCCUUCGAUCCGAAAAUCAAUCAAUUUCAGCUUGGAUUUACAUACAGACACCCAAAUGUCUUAUUUCCCCGCGUUGUUGACCUUUUGUUAAAAUCGGCUGACAUGUUUCGCCCCUCGCAUCCGAAUCUGCAUCCGUCAUUUACCAUCGGAGUAUCUCAAAGCGAUCACAUCAAUGACCGCAGCGAAGGACUUCAGUUCAAAGAACCAGAGGAAAUCUAUGCUCGCGUCACAAAGCCAUUUCUGUACACACCCGGCUUCCACAAGUUAAUCGCAUAUCUACGGAGUCGGUUCUCAAAAGAUAAAUUGGUGAAAAUGGCUGAAUCUAUGGCUGUCUAUAGACCGUCAUUCAUUGCAUGUAUCAACUCCCUCCGUGAGUCUGAUUUAAUUUUUAUGGAGCAGUGUUUUCAGAGGACCCUAUUGACAUACGAUAAUUUCAUCAAAAUCAGUGGCACACCCACGAUUGUGUGGCGUAGAACCGGUGAGAUUGUCUAUGUUGGAAAGGAAUUUACCAUCUUAACUGGCUGGACUCAGCAACAACUCUUGGGUCCAAAGCCGACCUUCAUAGUUGAAUUGUUGGAUGACCAAUCCGUGGUGGAAUACUUCCAAUUAUUCUCGAAAAUCGCUUUCGGAGACUUCUUGGGAGCAACUAUGACUGAAUGCACCCUACUCACUCCUAACAGCGAUGUUAAGAUCAGAACAGGCUGUAUAUGGACCCUUAAGCGAGAUGUUUUCGGGAUUCCAAUGAUGAUUAUUGGUAACUUCUUGCCGAUUGUUUAA